AUGACGCUCGCCAAGUCUCUCGCUGCGGCUCUGUCGUGCCUCACCCUGGCCCAGGCGACCUGCCAGGUGACUUCGACGUCUGACUCUGGCACGACGCUGUUCAAGGGAACGGUCCUCACCUCGGCCGGCGCACUGCCCAACGCGCGCCUUCUCGUCAGCAAUGGGCGCAUCAGCUACGUCGGCCGCCAGUGCGGUUUCAAGGCCGACGAGUCGGAUGCCACCGUCAUCGAGUGUGUCGGCUCGGUCAUCUCACCGGGCUUCAUCAACACGCACGAACACAUCGAGUACGCGACGGUGACGCCCCUCAAGGACAUUGGCGAGCGCGCCGACCACCGACACGACUGGCGCCGCGGCCUGCGAGGCCACACCAUCCGCCCAGCGCCCGUCAACGGGUCGGCCGUCGAGGCCACGGCCUGGGGCGAACUCCGCCACCUCUUCUCCGGCACGACCUCGAUUGUCGGCGGCGCCAUGGCCCCCGGCCUCACGCGCAACCUCGACUACGUCGCCGGCGUGGGUCCGGAGAUCCCCGCGCCCGUUGCCACCUGGGACAUCUUCCCGCUCAACGACGCCGCCGGCAUCCUGCGCAACGGCGACUGCGACUACGGCCCCAACAUGACGACGGCCGAAAAGGCCGGCAAGCUGUACCGCUACAUGGCGCACGUCGGCGAGGGCGUCGACGCCGAGGCCGAGAACGAGUUUCGCUGCCUGUCGAGCGCGACGUACGACACGACGCCCAAGGCCGGCGGCGGCGGGCUCAGCACCGACAUCAUUGCGCCCAACCUCGCCCUCAUCCACGCCCUCGGCCUGACGAAGAGCGACUUUGACCUCGUCGCCGCGCGCAAGGCCACCGUCGUCUGGUCGCCCCGCAGCAACGUCUUCCUGUACGGCAAGACGCUCGACGUCCAGUACCUCCUCGACGCCGGCAUCACCGUCGCCCUCGGCACCGACUGGCUGCCGUCGGGGUCGGCGACCAUGGCGAGGGAGGCCGUCUGCGGCUUCGCGGCCACCAAGGCGAGCUACGGCCACGCGCUCGACGCCAAGACGCUCUGGGAGAUGAUGACCAUCAACGCCGCCAAGGUGGCCGGCUUUGACCGCUAUCUCGGCUCGUUCGAGGUCGGCAAGCUGGCGGACGUGGCCGUCUUUGCGGGCACGCCGAGGGAGGAUGCCUUUGCGCAGGCCGUCUUCUCGUCGGGCGAGGAUGUCGAGCUCGUCAUGCGCGGCGGCAAGGUUCUGCUGGCCGCAGAGAAGAUCAAACGGGCUGCGACUGGUGCGUGCGAGUCUGUCGUCGUCGGCCACUCUAACAAGACCAUCUGUGUUGAGGAGGAGCUUGGGAGGAGCUAUGCCGAGUUUGAGAGCAAGCUUGGCGGUGUGUACCCUGCGCUUCUGCCGGGGGUACCGUCAGGGGAGCCUACGUGUGAGCCGACGAGGUAA